GUCCUUGGGGUCGGACUGGGCCGGCAGGUGCUUGAGCCGCCGAGGGAAGAUCAAGGGCGGGUGCAGCUUAUUUGCGUGCGGGCAGGGCAGAGAUACUAGCGGCGAGUACUGCGCCUCGCCAGAGGUAUGGCGGCGCGUCCACGGCGCCUGUUCGGACCCGUGGGGUACCCGGGCGUCGUUCGGCUACGCGUGCGGAAUUCGGGCCAUGGCGAGAAGACCGGUCAAUCAGAUGGAUGUGCCGCGCCCGGGUCGGCCGCGGUGCCCGCCUGUCACUGCGCGGAUCCAGUUGGAGGGCGGGUGCAAGACCGGGCAGAACAUGGCCGAGAGGGCCACCAAGGCCACCACGACUAUCAGCAGCACGAGCAUCAUGGGCAACGGCGGCAUUUGCAGAGAUGUCAUGAAGAUCACCAUCAUGAAACAUCUAAUCUUCAACUCGAUCAUUGUGACCGCAGUCAUCUUCACUGUCAUGGCGGUUCUUUGGUAUGUUAACCUUGCCCUUCGCCCAAUGGUGAAUGAGAAAGCCGUCACGCGUGGACUGCAGUGCCGCGCUCUCACUAAACUUAUCAUGCCGAGUAGCGCGACCAAGGGCCAUAUUCAGAGCAAUGCUGAUGAUGAAGGCAUCGCUGCUGACAGUGGCGCUGGCGCCGCUGCUGCUGACGGCGGCGGCGGCGAAUACUCUUCGUCAAGCAAUGCGGAGGGCGACAGAGUACAGCUCUACCCACUGUGCACCAACCUCUGCAGCUCCAACUUUAUGCACGUGGCUGGGCCUGGCGCGGUGUUCUUCUUUCAAUUCCAGGCGGCGAUCCUCCUCUGGGCCAUAGUGCUCUUUGCGCUUUGGGUGCUCCUCGGCUUCUCCGUCAGCAGGGACUUGUUUAUCUUAGGGGAUAGAGACGCUGAGACGCCCCAGAAGCUGUGCGUGGUCGUCCAGUGGGGCAGGCACAUGCAGAUGAAACUGGUGUGGGUCAAGCGGCUGAUCUUCUGCAAUAUCCACAGCUACGAGAUAAGCAACGGCGCUAUCAAGCGCAUCUCCACCCGCAUCCUUAGCGACCAGCACCUCGCAAGAGCGGACCCGAGCAAGGUGAUCCUGCUCGUCGUGGGGAAUUGCAACUUCGCUGCUGUAGGGGGGCUCAAGCUCACUGAACCCGAAUCUACAGCCAACGCAGAGGCCACCGAGACGUCCAAGGCCGCGGCGCGCAAGUGGCACGGCGCGUUGCGGCGCCCGGUUGAGAUCGAGGGGGCCGACGCCACUCACUUCUGCGCUGAGACGAUGUCCGAGUCGACUAUCGAUCGACGCUUCUGCUCAAUCACGCCCACUCAGAUGCUGCAGCUGACGGUCAACUCCACCACCUUCUCCACCCCUGAGAAGAUCGCCGACAGUGUCUUCGAGGUGACCGACAUGAGCUACCUGUCGCCGCCGCCUCAACUCAUUCUGGCCGCGGAUCACCUGACGCUCAACGGCGACCAGGUCAAGUUGAUCGACCCUGUCAAAUUCGAGGAGUGGGCCAGCAACUUAUUCCGCCAGGACGCCGACCAACGCAUCGACACAAGCAAAGCCGCCGACUACCUCGCUCAGUUCUCGCCCAACAUCGACUUCAACAAGUUCAACCCGCCCGGCUACGAGACGCUCAAAAAGUUCGCCUCCCGAUCGUCCUCGACCUCGCCUGGGAUGGACGGCUUCCCGUGCAUCGCCUGGGCCGCCCACGAGAUGUGCGCCAAGACCCUCUGGGGCGUCAUGUGCUACAUGCUCAACGGCGGCAUCCUCCCCGACGAGUUCAACGCCACGGUCCAGGUGGUCCCAGCCUCGCAGCGCGGGUUCAUCCGCCGCCGCAACUUCGGGUACAACGCCCUAGAGCUCGACGUCGAGAGCCGCAUCGCGUCCGCCGACCUCAACGCGAUGGACGUGCUGCCCGUGCUCGCGUCGCUGGACAUCGCCCAGGCGUUCCCCAGCUUCGCGCGCCAGUUCAUCCGCCUCGCGCUCAAGGCCAUGGGCGCCCCCGAGUGCAUCCCCUUGUUCUACGUCCGCUCGGGCAUCAUUCAAGGAUGCGGAUGGAGCGGCGCGCUCUACGCGAUGGGCACUGCGUGCUUCUUCUUGAAUCUCGAGAUGGUUCUCGAAGCACGAGGCUUCAACAUCUGCGACCGCCUCACCUGCCUCGGACUCCUGCUCGGACCUGGGGCGACGGAGAAGCGGAUCUUCGCGAAAGCCUUCAACAAGUUCAAAUGGCGCGCCACAGUGUUCAGUGCGAGUGGCGCCCCGUCCAUGGGCUCCGCCGCCCUGUUCAACAGCCGUGCGAUCCCCGUCCUCGGCUACCUCGGCCACUUCGCGCUGCUGCCGCACGAGCACUUCAAGGACGAGAGCUGGACCAACGCAUCGGACCCGCGGUUCCCGAACGGCGCCUUCAGGAUCAACGAUUGGCCCCACCUCAGGGACUGGGGCGCCCACUCCCCUCGGUCGCUCCAGCUCGCGACGUUGGCCGCCAUCGUCCGCGCAGCGACCUCGACCUUCAGCGAGUUCCCCGAGAUCCGAGAGCGACUGCACGGAGGCCUCGACGCGUGCGGCAUCCAGUUGACGCUGAUGGUCGCCUCGACCAAGACCGAGCGCGCUUACUACCCGUCGGGGCUGCUGCGCCCUGCCGUCGCCAGCGCGACGGUAGCCAUCAGCGACGGGCGGGCUGGCCUUGCCCAGCGAAAGGCAUAUGCUGCUGCACUCACCGCUCGUGGUCCUGGCUCCAUCGGCCCCUUCCUCGUCUCGAGGAUCGCGGCAGAACUCCCGCACUUUGCCGAGUUUUUCAAUUACAAUCCUGACGUGGUCUUCCAGAUGAAGUCGACCAUGCGCAAGCCCCCGCCGUCGUGGGCCGCCGCGUGGAGGAGGAAAAUCUCUUUCUCGUGGAUGACGUCGCGGCGCAUCGUCCACCCGAAUGGCCAGAAGCUCUGCAUCUUUGGCUGCCGCCGCUGCCAAGACUCGCUACGUCAUUAUCUUCCCUGCGCGCCCCUGGCGCUCGCUGUGGGCAGAGCGUGCAGAGCACCCCCCAUGGUCACCGAGAUCGCGAAGCUGGGCCUCGCGGGCAUGUCCAACGAAGCCUUCGAGCUCAUCGUGGUCGCCUGCAAGACGUACCGCGCCCUCAGAGGCGAGGUGACGGUCUCCGAGGAGGCCCUCCUCUCAGUGGCCAAGGCCGGGGCCUUCGACUUCGGCACCAAAGUGCCGCUCGGGCUGAUCACGAUCAGCAGCCAGUUCACGUUCGUGGAGGUGCCCGUCCUCCACGACCAGCUGCGCCGCCUGUGA